CCCCUGACCUCUGUCUGGACAGUGCUGAUUGGCCCUGUGCUGAUCACAUGCACUCUCUAAGAAAUAAAAACCUCUCUAGCAAUACACAUCAAAUGGAGCAUGUGCAGAGUUUUUUCCACACAAUAUGUCUUAUCAGGAGAUAAGGGGAGGGGGGGCACUGGAAGAAGGGGAGGAUCAGGGAAGUCAGGAUCAAACAGCAUUUUUACACAGUGCAGAAGAUUAACCCCUUAGGUUCCAGUGAGUAUAACAAGCACUGCAUAUACAGACUGAUUUUACUGUUGUGGGUUUAGUAACACUU